ACGUGCGACUGGCGAAAGACAGAACGUCUUCCAGUUGGUAGAGCAUCAGGUCGACCAAGUUCCCUCGAAGGGGUGUCAUCAUGGACGCAACCUCUGGCGAUGGUUCGCAAAGGAUCCAGGAGGGCAUGUGCAGCGAAGAGCACCUAUUGCAAAUGUCUCGCUUUUGCCAAACGUUAUGGGAGGAGCGUCCCAUGACGGACGUGGAGGUGCACGUCGAGACGCGGGUCUUCCCGGCUCACAAGUUCAUCCUCACCUGCCACUCGCCGUAUUUCCUCAAACUUCUACUCAAAACGAAGCCGGAGAUGCUGAAGGUUCAAUUGAACGGAAUCACUCAAGGUUCCUUUCAAGUGUUGCUCAAGUAUAUGUACACUGGGCGCUUGGAACUGACCUGUCAAAACAUUGUGGACGUCUUCCAGGCGGCUAAGCACCUUCAGAUGAAAAACAUUAAAGAGAAAUGUGCAGAGGUGCUGACCAGCUCCCCUGACGAGCCGCUGCACGCCCUCUUCGUGUAUGUGUCUGGAAAACGGCUGGGAACCAAGGCCGCCUGGCAGAAGGCUUUCAAGACGAUCCUGCAUAACUUCCAGCAGGUCAUGCACUUCCCGGAGUUCAUACAGCUUGAUCUGGAGCACGUCUGCGAAAUCCUCAGCGCUGACGUCAUUCAAGCACACAGUGAGUGCGAGCUGUUCUGGUGGGCGCUCAAGUGGCUGAACGCAGACUGGAGCCGUCGCGAGUGCGAAGCGGUGCAGCUGCUCAAGUGCAUCCGCUUCUCUGCGAUGCAGAUGAAGGAGGCCGUCGCUUGCUUCCACCCACCGCUUUUGCCGCAGGUCAUCGAGAUACCGCAAGUGCGCGAGAUGCUCAACAACGCAGUCUGCUACAUAUCGGCGAAGCAAGUAGGCCAGGAGAAGAAGUUUAAACAGUAUACACAUUCGCCUCGUCAGUUCCUGGAAACCAGUCCUCCAUACACGAGGGAACAGGGCAUGGGCGACUCGGCGAGCAGUGUCGUGGCAGCAUCGUCUGUACGGGGAGCGUCACCGGCUGGAGAGGUCACAGAAGACGUGCACCGGCAACAGAUUCCCGUCAGUGAAGUAGACACGGAGGAGGUCGUGACGACUGACCCUGUCCUGUACCAGAUGAUUCAAGAUCUGACACCAUCGCCCAUCGAAUGGGAGCAUUACAGAGCUAAGGCUUUGCCCGAUAACUUCCGCUUGCGCCACGGGGAGAACGGAUGUUUCCUCAUUGGUGGCAUGGACACGGAUUUUCCGCACCAACUUUCCACAGGAUGCGUUGUGCUUGCUUAUCAAGAGUCCUUCGACCGCUGGCAGCGAGUGGCAAUGAUGCCCGAACCGAGACAUCACCAUGCAGGUGCCAUAAUAGACGACAACGUCUACAUCGUCGGUGGCUACAGCACCCGUCGGACAUUGACAGGAAAGUGGAGCCCCUUAUCGAGCUGUGUCUCCUAUAACGUGGUGAAGCAAGAGUGGACGAGUAUGGCCGACCUGCGUCACGGCAGAGUAUACCAUGGUGUGGCGUCGGUCGCGGGAAAAUUGUUCGUCGUCGGGGGAAAAGAUCGCCGAGGCAGGAUUUUAGGUGCUUUGGAAUGCUGGGACCCGUGCACUGGACGCUGGCAGUUCCUGGGCGACCCUCCAGGUCUUAUGCCUCGCAUGGCUUCAGCCGUUGCUGCCACGGAGUCGCGUCUGUGGCUCUGCGGAGGGAUUACGCAGCUCGGCUCCGACCUGUACGUCGUUUCGGAUGUCGACUGCUACGAUGUUCUCUCCAACAGGUGCAUCCCGGGGCCUCGUCUGCCGUUCCCGUGUUGUUUCGCAGCGGUGGCAGCUCUCGACGACGAUUCUCUAUUGCAUGUUGGCGGCCUUUCGCUCACCCGGCACCGGGACCAGUGGGCAUUCCGCAGCCGAUCCGAGGUGUUGCUCAGUAGGCCGGGGCUUCCAUGGGAGCCCAUGACUUCGUUGCGGGAGCCGCGACAUGGCGCCUCCAUAUGCUGCACCUGGGAGGGAAGCGUGUUCUUGGCUGGUGGCAUGUCUACGUCGAGGAGACGCCCCCCUGCGGAGCUGUGGACUGCUACGCGUCCGGAAUGGAGCUUGCGUGGGACAUCUGCCCUUCCUGGGCCACUAGCUGGGACGCUGCUUCUGCCGCUGCCUCACUGAAAGCCAUUCUGGCAACAUUGCCAGACGUGGCACGAUUGUGUGGUCACCAUUGACCACCAAUAGGGCGACGCGUACACGCAAAGUACGCAAAGUACUACGAUGUGGUAAAUGCAGCCAUGUUGACGAGCCUAUCAAAUUCUAUAGUAGUAAUAAAAAAAAGCCCAUCUGUUGAA